AUGGCAGCAACUCGAAAUAUCAAGUGUGUUGUGGUAGGAGAUGGUGCUGUUGGAAAGACAUGUCUCUUGAUCUCAUACACCACCAAUGCUUUCCCAGGGGAAUACGUUCCCACGGUAUUCGAUAACUAUUCAAGUCAAGUGAACGUGGAUGGUAUGACGGUCUCUCUGGGUCUAUGGGAUACUGCAGGUCAAGAAGAUUAUGAUCGAUUGAGACCAUUAUCAUACCCUCAAACUGAUGUAUUCUUACUUUGCUUUUCUGUCGUAUCACCAGCUUCUUUCGAGAACGUGAGAACAAAAUGGUAUCCUGAAAUUCAACAUCACUCGCCGGGAACACCCAUCAUUCUCGUCGGUACUAAGCUUGAUUUAAGAGAUGAUCCUUUACAACUCGAGAAAUUGAGAGAUAGGAGACAAGCUGCUAUACAAUAUUCCCAAGGAUCGGCCAUGGCCAAUGACAUCAAAGCUGCUAGAUAUCUCGAAUGUUCUGCAUUGACUCAAAAAAACCUUAAAUCAGUAUUUGACGAGGCGAUUCGAACUGUCCUCAAUCCCAAUCGACGUGCUGGAAAAGCCAAGAAAUCCAGCGGUUGCACUCUCAUGUAA